CAGUCCCGGGACUCCAGGAUCAUGACCUGAGCCGAAGGCAGUUGCCCAACCAACUGAGCCAUCCAGGCGCCCUAAAAAUGUUCUUAAAAUUACAAAUAGUUUUCUUCUGGUGAAGAUACUGGUUUCUUUGAAAAGGUCUGACAGGUUUACUUCAUUCUCUACUUUAAGACAUUUUACCAUGCUGUAAUAGGGAUUAAAUGAAGAUCUUGUUUUCCUUACUCAUGAAGUGUUGCACUUAACAGGUUUUUGUCUUGAACUGCUUGUGCGGGGAGGUGCUGGGUCAGGGCCUGGGCCAGGAGAGUACUUGGUAAAGUCACCCCUGAGCUUGAUGAACGUUCCAUCUUGGAAAUGAAAUCUCUAUUUGCCUCUCCCUAAGCCGGCGCAGACAGUGCCAGGAGCACCCCCAAUGUUAUCGGCUAUUCCAUAGCUAUAAAAAGGAUUAAAGUCUUGGUAUGUGCUACAACAUGGAUAAACCUUGGGAAAAUUUUGCUAAGUGAAAGAAGGCAGACACAGAGGCCAUUUAUUGUAUGAUUCCAUUUAUAUGAAGUAUGAAGACUAGACAAAUUCAUAAAGAAAAAAGCAGACUCGUGGUUGCCAGAGGCUGGGGGUGGCAGAGAAAGGAAGUAACAGCUAAUGGGGUUUCCUUUGGGGGAUGAUGAAAAUGUCCUGGAACUAAAUCGUGGUGAUGGGUGCACAAUAUUGUAAAUCUAUUAAAUUCUACUGAGUUUGACACUUUAAAAUGGUUACCGUGGUGAAUUUUACCUCAAUCAAUAAAAUCAUAAAAAAGGAGGACCAAUCAACCCACCCAGGGUUGAAAGAGGAAGGAAAAGAUCUAGAAUCUAGAACAUGUCUCUGAAUUUACUUUCCUCAUCUGCACCCAGGUCAUAAUAAUGCCCCCUUCCCCCAGCUGGCAUGAGUAAUGAGCAGGAAUAAGUGUUACAUAAACACUUAGCAAUAGAGGCUCUCAACGUCAGUGUUAAUUGCCUACUUUUCUAUAUGUGCUAGCUGUGGGACGGCCCCCACCCAACCCUGACAAGUGACCAUGGAUCCUGGAGCCGGGCCAGAGUCAUCUCUGACUGUCAAUGAGCAGGUCAUCGUGAUGUCAGGCCAUGAGACCAUCCGCGUACUGGAAGUUGGAGUGGAUGCCCAGAUCUCAGCCGAGGAGGAGGGCAAAGGGCUAGAGGGCGUGGCUGCUGAGGGCUCCCAGAACAGAGGCCCUGGUGAAGCCAGUGAACCUGCUGGUGAAGCCAGGCCAGACAACCCAGACUCUUCUGCAGAGGCAACGGGUACGAGGCCAUCGCUCCCAUCGGGCACUGCCCUACCUGAGUCCCUUCCUCUGGCUCCUUGGAGAGCCGUGAAGUCUCUCCCGGGGAUCCCUCCGAGCCCUGCCCCUGCCGUUGCCACCUUCAGCCAAGCCCCGAGCCAGCCUCAGGCAUCCCAGACGCUGGCGCCCCUCGCUGUACAAGCUGCCCCCCAGGUCUUGACUCAGGAAAACUUAGCCACAGUUCUGACAGGAGUUAUGGUUCCAGCAGGGGCAGUUACUCAACCUCUUCUUAUCCCCAUCAGUAUUGCAGGUCAAGUGGCUGGUCAGCAGGGGCUGGCCGUGUGGACAAUUCCUACAGCAACCGUGGCCGCCCUCCCAGGACUGACAGCUGCUUCUCCCACGGGGGGAAUUUUCAAGCCACCUUUAGCCGGUCUGCAAGCAGCUGCCGUGCUGAACGCCGCGCUCCCGACACCUGUCCAAGCUGUCCCGCCGCAAGCGCCAGCACAGGCCUCGUCGCCCACCCAGCCCCGGCCAGCAGCCCCGCCCCAGACGCUGUUCCAGACCCCACCGCUGCUGCAGACCACACCUGCCAUUCUCCCGCAGCCCCCUGCUGCCACCACGACGGCCCCCACACCCAAGCCGGUGGACAACCCCCCACAGAUCACCGUCCAACCUGCGGGCUUCGCGCUAAGCCCGGGAAUUAUCAGUGCUGCUUCCCUUGGGGGACAGACCCAGAUCCUAGGCUCCCUUACUACCACUCCGGUCAUUGCCAACGCCAUCCCCAGCAUGCCGGGGAUCAGCAGUCAGAUCCUCACCAACGCUCAGGGACAGGUUAUUGGAGCCCUGCCGUGGGUAGUGAACUCGGCUAGUGUGGCAGCCCCAGCUCCAGCCCCGAGCCUGCAGGUCCAGGCUGUGACCCCCCAGCUGUUGUUGAAUGCCCAGGGCCAGGUGAUUGCGACCCUGGCCAGCAGCCCCCUGCCUCCGCCCGUGGCUGUCCGGAAGGCAAGCACGCCUGAGUCCCCCGCUAAGAGUGAGGUACAGCCCAUCCAGCCCACGCCAGCCGUGCCCCAGCCUGCGGUGGUCAUCACCAGCCCAGCCCCAGCGGCCAAGCCAUCUGCCUCUGCUCCCAUUCCAAUCACCUGCUCUGAGACCCCUACUGUCAGCCAGUUGGUAUCCAAGCCACAUACCCCAAGUCUGGAUGAGGAUGGAAUCAACUUGGAAGAGAUCCGGGAGUUUGCCAAGAAUUUUAAGAUCCGACGGCUGUCCCUGGGCCUCACACAGACUCAGGUGGGUCAGGCUCUGACUGCCACAGAAGGCCCGGCCUACAGCCAGUCAGCUAUCUGCCGGUUCGAGAAGCUGGACAUCACUCCCAAGAGUGCCCAGAAGCUGAAGCCAGUGCUGGAGAAGUGGCUGAAUGAAGCCGAACUCCGGAACCAGGAAGGACAGCAGAACCUGAUGGAGUUUGUGGGAGGUGAGCCCUCCAAGAAACGCAAACGCCGCACCUCCUUCACCCCCCAGGCCAUAGAGGCUCUGAAUGCCUAUUUCGAGAAGAACCCACUGCCCACGGGCCAGGAGAUCACCGAGAUCGCUAAGGAGCUCAACUAUGACCGGGAGGUGGUGCGGGUCUGGUUCUGCAAUCGGCGCCAGACGCUCAAGAACACCAGCAAGCUGAAUGUCUUUCAGAUCCCUUAGGGCUCAGCCCCCAGCCCUGCAUUCCAGCACUUUGUACUUUUCCCUUGGCCCCUGGCUGCAGCCACUGCCGUGACAGCACCUGUCAUUCUGCCGCGUGCAGCUGUGCUUGUCCUGGGUCAUGAGGCUCCACUGUGUGCAUGUGUGUCCACUGCCUCCCUCGGCUCCUCCACGUAUCUCACAGCAUGGAGAGGGCAGAGGGGCCCGCUGGAGAGCUCCAGGCUCCAGCCGGUCACGCCAGGGGACCCCUCCCUUAAGUGGUGUCACUUAAAGAAGCACUUUGCUAAUGUGGUUUUCCAAGGGUGAAUUCUGGUUGGGAACCAGACACUCUCCAUCCUUGGGGCAGGGCUGCAGCUGCCCCCAAAGGAUCCCUGGCCCUUAGCUCUUGUUCUUGAUGGCAUUCUCUCUCCUCGCUCUCUUCCCCUUUACUCCUGUGUGUAAGUGUGGCAGGUCCAGCCACUUGUCCCGUGGAACUGUGGAACCGCAGCCUCACCUCCCACCUUUUGCCUGCAGGCACACUGUCUCCCCAAAAGAACCCAAGAGGCACAAUUCCGAAAAGUGUGAUGAGCUGCUCGGAAGGUCAGGCUCAGUGUCUGCCUUGCCUUCAAGGUCAGAAGGUUCCCACAACCCUGGGGCCAGAACAUGGGAUCUCCUUUCCCACUCUCCCUGAUUCCUUUUGGGGAGAAAUUGCACUAAAGUGGAACCUUCUCAUUUGUAAUCCAUGUUGGAAGGAAACAGCUUUGAAACUGCAUUCAGACCAACCAAACCUUCCCGAGUGUGGUAAGAAUGAGGAGGCAGGCAGUCGCCUUGCCUGCCCCAGCCUCCCAGGAGAGAAUAUGUCUCCCAAGGGGCAGGCUCAAGUUUAAGGUUAUCUAGCCUGUCUGCAUGAGAUGAGGACCUCACCUGUGAGAGGCAUGCCUAACAAGUUUGCAGUAAGAAGAGUUAAAUACCAGGGUCAGUAAAGGGUUCAGUGGCUUACCCUUCAAUGAAUUAGAGAGAGGCAGGUUUUCACCCUCAAACACUUGCACUCAGAUAUGCUUUCUUUUUUGGGAGAGACAAGUGGGUCACAGCUGGAGCCCGGGGAGUAGCAUAUAAUCCGGGGGGGUGGGGUGGCCAGGGAGAUUCAGGAGGAUCCCAUCUGUCCCGGUCUGGGAAAGGAAAAAGAUAAUGAAGUUCUGGUCUAAAUUAGGCCUGGCCAUGCUUUCUCAGCUCCUCCCUUUUCUAAAUCUGUCUUCCCAAGGCUGGGCUAGAAUGAAACCAUUUUCUCCUCUCCGGGAAGGAUGGAUAGGUCUUUCCAAGGGACAGAAUUUUUGCAGUAUGAAUUCCCCAGGCAGGGGUUGUGGGGUGGGCACAGAGUAUCCCUGAAAUGGCCCAAGGCAGAGCUCACAGGCUCCCUGUCUCUGCUCCUGCUCUCCCACUGUCAGGUCCUCGUGGAACAGCUAUCUGUACCCGAGGUGGGUCUUUUGCUUUGUUUCUGGUAGCACCACACAAUGAAGGGGAUUUAUAUAAUGUUUGUUUUGAAAGCACCUUUCUGGACAGAAGCCAGAGCUUACACAGGAGAGAGGGCAGAGAUGAUUUAACUGUCUGCGAGUGGUAUUGUUUGUUUGGUUUUGUUUUAAAUGAAAGAAAGACUGGAACUUUUUAUAUGGCCUGGUGAACCAGCUGGGGGCUUUGACCCUGCACUCUCCACGGCACUGUAUCUAGUGGGGGACCCAGGAAAGAAUUUGGCCAGGUGGAUUGAGGAACACACUUGAAUUUGGAAUGAGAGAGACCCUGACAUUUUUUGUGUCCUUGGACCCGCUCACCUUCCUAUGUCUAGAUUAUCUUUCUGUCUCAUAGGCCAGGCUCUGACACUAAGGUUCUGACUGUCCCCUGACAAGGAGCAAAGCCUGCUGAGGGCUGGAGUGAGGGGUGGGGAGGGGAGAAUGGGGAAGAAGCACUUGAUGUAGUUGUGUGGAAUAAACAGUAUUUUUCUUUUG